CCCAAUCCGAAGCAGCAAGAAGCUUUCACGCCACCUAAUCCACGACCCAGAGGCCAGAGUCAGAGCUCACGCGACGCGAGCACCAACCCCCGCCGCCGCCGCCGCCGCCGCCACCUGCCAGCGUCGGACGGAAGACCGAGCGGACCUCUCCCCUUGCCCAACCCUCGAGGGUAUUUAUACGCGCGUAAUCGUGUGACCUGUGGCAGUUGGUGGCGCACGCUCUCCUCGCAAUCGCAACGCGCCGUAAGGGGGAUGGGCUCGACGGCGCUCGGCGGUGCGGCUCCAGCGGCGCGCGCCGGCUUGUCUCCCAAGAAUGGAGUCCUUGGAUCUAAUUUGAAGCCAUGUGCUGGUUACAUGCUCAAGACAAAUCAUAAGGUUGGAGUCCCGUCGCUCUGUGUGAGGGCUUCUGUUGCUUCUUCGACACCAAUAGUUAAAUCAGGGGAUGCUGUGCGCAUUGCAGUGCUAGGGGCCAGCGGUUAUACUGGAGCCGAGAUUGUUCGUCUUCUGGCAAACCAUCCUCAGUUUCAUAUAAAGUUGAUGACUGCAGAUAGAAAAGCUGGUGAACAGUUUGGAUCUGUAUUUCCUCACUUAAUAACACAGGACCUGCCAAAUCUGGUUGCAAUAAAAGACGCAGAUUUUUCAGAUGUUGAUGCUGUUUUUUGUUGCUUGCCACAUGGUACAACUCAGGAAAUUAUCAAAGGUUUACCCUGGCAAUUGAAGAUUGUUGAUCUCUCCGCGGACUUCAGACUGCGUGACAUCAAUGAAUACGCUGAGUGGUAUGGCCAUUCUCACAGGGCACCAGAACUGCAGGAAGAGGCUGUGUAUGGUUUGACCGAAGUUCUUCGAGAUGACAUAAGAAAUGCACGGUUGGUUGCAAAUCCAGGAUGUUAUCCCACAUCUAUUCAACUUCCUCUUGUUCCUCUGAUAAAGGCAAAACUGAUCAAAUUGAACAACAUUAUCAUUGAUGCAAAAUCUGGUGUUAGUGGUGCAGGACGUGGGGCUAAGGAAGCAAAUCUUUACACUGAAAUAGCUGAAGGUAUCCAUGCUUAUGGAAUAAAAAGCCACCGGCAUGUUCCUGAGAUUGAACAAGGACUUUCGGAUGCUGCUAAAUCAAAAGUUACUAUCAGCUUUACUCCAAAUCUGAUAUGUAUGAAACGUGGGAUGCAAUCUACUAUGUUUGUUGAAAUGGCGUCUGGAGUGACUGUCAAUGAUUUGUAUCAACACCUCAAGUCUACUUAUGAGGGUGAAGAAUUUGUCAAGCUGUUACAUGGUAACAGUGUUCCUCAGACGCGCCAUGUUGUGGGAUCAAACUACUGCUUCAUGAAUAUCUUUGAGGAUAGAAUUCCUGGCAGGGCCAUCAUAAUCUCUGUUAUAGAUAAUCUUGUGAAGGGAGCAUCUGGUCAGGCUGUGCAGAACCUCAAUCUGAUGAUGGGACUUCCUGAGAACAUGGGGCUUCAAUACCAACCCCUAUUUCCUUGAUCUUUCAUGCACUUCAUCUGGCAGGACAGUGCUUUGGAGUUCGACUAGGCAUUACAUCGUGGUUACUGUCCAGAGGCAAGGAGCCCAACAUCAGAAUGUAAUCAAGUCAAACUUGCUCAAAGGCGUAGCUUGGUUUGUGCUGUUUUAGUUCUUAGAUACUAGCAAUAAUUUAGCAGUGCAAUGAUAGAAUUAGCUGAGUGGCUUGGUUCUAAUGAAAUCUUAAGCCUACAUACAUCUUGUACUGCAUUGCCAUUUGUUAUUUUCAUUAUGAAAUCUGUAUUAAGUGUAAAACGCAAUUACGAGACAUCAGCCACCCUUGGUAUCACUGGAUGUAAAGUUGUGGUGUCUUUUUUAUUAUGUUUAACAAAUUUAGCUUGC